CUUCCCCCUACCCCUUUAUUGGUGUUUUGUCAUUGUGUUGUCUUGUGUGUCUUGUUCAUCAUGAGUGACUGCUCCAAUGUCGAGCAGCUCGUUAAGGAGCUUGAUGAGCUUGUUGAUCAUUCUAAAUUAAAUGAUGAACUCCAGACCUUGGAAGGUUUCAUCAAUAAGAUGGAGGUAGAACGGGAGGCAGCACUAUCCACCAGCCAUCAACCGGUCCAGGAGGCCCCACCAUCCACCAGCCAUCAACCAGUCAUGUGGCUGAAGAGGGACAGUGAUGGAAAUGUUGUCUAUGACAGACCAAGAUCAUGCCGAAACCAAAUGGCUAGUCACAGCUACAGUCGCAAGACUGGUGCUCGUACUACAAUGUUGGAAAGCAGCGUUGAGAGAACCAACUACUGUCCUCCUGACACUGUUGAGUCUUUCCUUGAAGAGCUAAACUACUCACAGGAUGAUGACAUGGAUGAUCAGGAAACAGCACCAGCACCACCACGAGCUUCCUUAGACUGGUCUACUCGAAGGAGUCUCCUCUCAGAGAGGUGGGCGAAAGAGAGACCCCGGCUGGUGAAUACCAUGGUGGCACAACAAAAUGCGGAAACUGGGAUCUGCCAACAGUGUGGCAGCAGUCCAGCUGCUGUCCGUUGUCGUGACUGCCGACCUCACCCACUCUUAUGUGCUGAGUGUGAUGUCAGUUUACACAGAAACCAGGUGUUCCACAACAGGGAUGCAACAAUAGCUGGAUUCUUUCAGCCAUUGCCUCCAACAACCUGUGUCGUGGACAGGGUUCUUUCCCAGUGUGUGUGUAUUUUGCCGUUGGAGAUGCCCGAGAAAAUUUGUACUUGUUCUCCGGGAACGUUGAGUGUCAACCCAGGAAAAGUUGUUGCUGUGGUUACAAUAAAUGGACGAUAUGAUCUCUCUAUGCCUGAGAUGAAAUGCGAGGCAUGCAAAGCCACUUGGAGUGCUGGAGUCGAUGACUUGGUCCGUAAUGACUACUGGCCUGCGACCCUUCACUUCUCCACGGUGUACUCUACCGAUGUGUUGCAUUCAUACGAAGAGUUGAAGAUGGCAGCACCAGGACUUUCCUGUCAAGCCUUUUUGCGAAUGCUUGAUCAACGAACUGUCCGCUUCGGCCGUACUGGGAAGAUCACAGCAGACAGCUUCAGAAAAAGCUUUUUGGAGUGGGAGGCUGUUAGAUUUGAGGUCGACAAGAUAUGCAGGGAGGAGCCUUUUGUCUGUCCUGCAUGCACCCCAGACAUGCUUGCCGUUUCAGUGGACGGAAAUCGCAAGCACUACCGCUUUAAGAAUGCAGCAAGAUCUGAGGAGCAAGCCUUGUUUGAUGGCAUCUUCAUUGCUAAAGAUGAUGAAGUAGAGAGAUUUGUGGAUUACAUUCAUUCUACCACCAACCAUGUCUCUGGAAGAGGUGUCUGUGGAGGGGAGUGGUCAGCAGCCAGAGAAACAUCUCAGAGAUCCAGGAGUAAAAUUGAUGAGGAGGGACUUGAGCUUGCGGUGUGUCGACAUGGAGUUUUUCUCAGCGCUCUCAACAUGUUCAGGGGAGAAAUCUACGCGUAUCCCCUCUACCUGCAGAACAAGCUGGCAAAUAAGCCAAUAACCUUUUUUGCCAUGGAUGUUACAUGCAAGUACUGGCCCUACCUCAACAAAGUGGCAAAAAGCUGCCCGGAGCUCCAGCACCUUCUUGACAUGAAGCCAUUCCUGUCAGUGUUUCAUGCUAAAGCCCAUGACUUUAAAUGCGAGGUUAAAUGGAGUGGAGCUUACCAGCAAGGGGCUGGAUUGACACUUGGGGAGGAGGUUGAGCAGUGCAACGCCUUCCUCUCUAGGAUUGCUGUUACGACAAAACAUAUGUCCAAAGCAGGUCGUACAGACAUGCUUACACUGAUGGCCAUGCGCUGGAAUCAGCAGAAGUUUAAUAACUUGGACACUUCACUUGCCCGCCGAUAUCAGAAGGCCACAAAAGGCCUGGAAAGCCGGCUUCAGGACCUGGAGGUCAUGAGAGUCCAACUGGCAGUGACACAGGUUGAAGUUGAGGGCUGGGUCACUGACGUAAAAGAGUGGGCAGAAGCAACAACAUCCCAAAAGAAUGCAGAUCUGGACGCGGUGACUAGUAGAUUGGAGGUGCUGGUGGCCAGCAUUAAAAGAAGGUCCCAGCGCCUUUACAAAGACACCGAUGGCAGCAAAGGUCGGGCCCGGAUGCGGCGCAAAAUCAGAGAGGAGAAGGCCAUUCUUGGCUCUGUUGCUGACAAAUACAACAGCAUGGUUCCAGAUGCAGAGAGAAUCACCUUUGACAGCAUUCUCUCUGAGGAGACAGUUUGGCCGUGGCAACUUUCCCAUGGUGACAAUGUCGAUUUGAAAACCAAGAGGAAGGCGUUUGACGUUGUGAUGGCAAUAAGGAGACUUGAGGAGGAGAGGAAGAUUGUCAUUGCCGAGAUGGCAAAGCAUUGGAAGUCUCUCUCCACUCGUGCAGACACGCUCAAGGAGAUGUCAUGCCGGCUUUCCAGUGAGCCAUUGCAAAGUGAGCUGUGGGGUCUAAAUGAGGAAGGGAUCAAGGGUCUCCGCAGCUUAACCUUGAAAAAGAAGCAAGCAGUCACAACAAUGAUGAAGCAUGCGAGAGGCUGUUACGCUCAAGUUUUGAGAGGAACCAGUAUGGACUUCCAGAGGGACUGGGAUGGAUACGACAGUGACUCUGAAAUGUCAGACGAGUGAACUUGGCUUCAUCGCUCCUGAUAUCCUGACGUGACUAGAAAAUGUAUGAACAGUGAAUUUAUUACAAUCAGUAAAGACAAGCUGCGCUGAUUAAUUGCUAUUUGUACUGUUUUUAUUGAUGCUAUUAUGAACUUACACUCCAUAAACAAACUGAAAGCUG